CCCCCGCGCUCACGCUGCCCCCCGCGACGACCGACGCCGCGGAGGCGGAAAUCGGACGUGACGUCUCCGCGCUGGGGCCGCCGUGUCGUCAUUUCCGGAGCUGCUCGGGCUUGUGGGAUUGCAAGAUGGCGGCGAUCAGCGGCGUCCGGGCGGUUGCCGGGGCUCUCCUGCGCACCCAGGGCCAUGGGGCCUGGAGGACCCUCAGCGCCUCCGCCGCCCCCCAGCAGACUAUGAGACGCCAGACAGAGAAACCUGAAGGGGUGUUCAAGGUCACCAUGCUGCCUGGAGAUGGGGUUGGCCCGGAGCUUAUGCAUUCUGUCAAAGAGGUGUUCAAGGCUGCUGGCGUCCCUGUGGAGUUUGACGAGCACCACCUGAGCGAAGUGCAGAACAUGGCGUCAGAGUUAAAACUGGAUGAGGUUGUUGACUCUAUGAAGGAGAGUAAAGUGGCCAUUAUAGGAAAGAUCCACACUCCCAUGGAAUACAAAGGAGAGCUGGCCUCCUAUGACAUGAGGCUCAGGCGCAAGUUAGACCUGUUUGCCAACGUUGUCCAUGUGAACAGUUUACCUGGCUAUAAAACACGACACAACAACUUGGAUCUUGUGAUCAUCCGGGAGCAGACAGAGGGGGAGUACAGCUCUCUGGAACAUGAGAGCGUGAGGGGAGUCAUUGAGUGCUUGAAGAUCAUCACCCGGGACAAGUCGCAGCGCAUCGCCAAAUUUGCCUUUGACUACGCCACCAAGAAAGGGCGUUCAAAGGUCACAGCAGUGCACAAAGCCAACAUCAUGAAGUUGGGGGAUGGGCUCUUCCUCCAGUGCUGUGAAGAGGUGGCAGAAUUGUAUCCCAAGAUCAAAUUCGACACCAUGAUCAUUGACAAUUGCUGUAUGCAGCUGGUGCAGGACCCCCACCAGUUCGAUGUCCUUGUCAUGCCAAACCUGUAUGGAAACAUCAUUGAUAACCUGGCUGCUGGCUUGGUGGGAGGCGCCGGUGUGGUUCCUGGGGAGAGUUACAGUGCUGAGUACGCGGUGUUUGAGAUGGGUGCCCGCCAUCCAUUUGCCCAGGCCGUGGGCAGAAACAUUGCCAAUCCCACUGCCAUGCUGCUCUCCGCUGCCAACAUGCUGCGGCAUCUCAACUUGGAACAUCACUCCAAUAUGAUCUCCGAUGCGGUGAAGAGGGUGAUAAAAGUCGGUAAAGUUCGGACGCGGGACAUGGGCGGUUACUCCACCACCUCGGACUUCAUCAAGUCUGUGAUUGACAACCUGCACCCACACUAUGGUGUCUAGGUCCCCACCUGCAUGUGGGAGUUGCUUGGACUUGACUCUGUCUCCAGCACCCAUUUCUAGUGUACAAACCAAAUGGACCUUUCUCACCCUGCUCCCACCCCUAGGAAAGAACCUGUAUCAUGUCUCACUCCCCCCUCCCCCUGCUUGGGCUGCUGGAGCCAGCCCGCCUGAAACCGCAACCCAAAGGGAGAAGGGACUCACCUCUCCCCCAGCCCAGUUAUCUGUUACCAACCUCAAUCGUGAUCAAUGGUCACCAGAAAGAGGCGCGGUCUGAGUGCAGGAUUGGGAGCCUGGGGUCUAAUCCUGGCUCUCCCACUGGUUCGUCACCUGUCUCAGCUUCCCUCUCUGUGCAGUAGGGAUCGUGCUGACCUCCCUACAUUGCACGGGAGUUCAGGGUCAGCUAGUUCACAUUGUACCGUGCUUUGAGGCUGAGAAAGGACUAAGCCUAAAUAUUCGACUGCUGCUCCAGCUAAGGCCUCCCUGCAGUGUGGCUGACCGGGGCUGUCACAUCCACAUGGUCUUGUCUAGUUCCUGGUUGCUGCUGCAGCAGCAUCUGCCUGUUCCAGAGGGGCUUAGCUGUAGCUUGGGACCAUCCAGGGUGGAGACCCCCGUCCACAAAGUGACAAAAGAAGUCGAGUAUUGGCUUGGAGUGAAGUAAAAUUUCAUCCCAGUUAAUCUGAACAGAUGGAAAGUAGGAAAUUUCAGUCUCUCCUCCUGUGUGUGUGUGUGUGUGUGUGUGUGUGUGUGUAAAAGAGGGGGGUGGGAGGAUAACUCCCUAUGUCAUCCUCCUAACUUCAUCCCCCUCCCAAGGGAAGAUUGCGGGAGGAUCCUUUUCCGUUAGCAAUACAAUUCAACACUGACCUCGGAAAGAAGUGUUAGCCACUGAGCAGAGCUAGAGGGCAGGAGGCCUAGCACGCUCCUCCCAGAUCAGAAUGUCACCGCACAGGUAGGAUGGCACUCCAGGACGUGUUGAUCUUUGCAGCUGACGCAGAUCAUCCUUGGGGGCCCAUCUGUACCUACAGGUGCUUUCCUCCUUAAGUCCUGCCAACCAGCCUCCCUGAUGAAACUCAGGCCCUUCCCUCAGGCUGGGUGCUGGGCUGGGCUCUAGGCUGGUUCGCGCACCCCUGUCUGGUGCACUACAGAGCAGAGUGCAGUCCUGAUUACUGUAGCAUUGUCCUGCCUGUCGCUCACCCUGCCCUGCAUCGUUGUUCACUGCAACUCGGUCUGUGCCAGGCCUGUCUAAGGAAGAAGAGGCCAGACUAUGCAUGGCUGUGUGCACGUCCGAGGGGAGGCGCUGCCUGGGCUGCACGUUGAAAAUGUGGCGUGAGUCAUGCGCUUGCUGCUUUGCCUGCAUGGGGUGCACUGGUGUCAUUGACACGCCGGAUGCCAGCACCUCCCUGCGUGGGCAGUCACGCUCAGAAAACACGUACACCACAAGUGCAUGUGCACCAGUGGGAGCUUCUGAAACGUUGGUCCUAUCAGUGAAGUCCUGACUCCGGCUCUGAAGGGUUAAGGAGACCAAGACCUUUUCAUUGGUAGAAUUCCAGAUGGGCCAGGGUGGGGUCUGGCCUAAAGGACCCAAACAGCAAGGCUGCAGUUAGCUUGUAGAUGAUGGAUUAGGAAAGCAGGUCUGGGCCAGGCAUGCACCUCCGGCUCUCAGGCCCCUAUUGCAGUGCUGGGCCACUGCCGUGUGGGCUGGGAGCACUCCUCAGGAAAUGCAGAAUGUAUUUAUUGGGCUUUGUACUAUCACUCAUGAAUAAAUUGUCAAACUCUC